AUGCCCUCAGAGGCUCCCGUGGGGCCCCCGGCCGGGGCGGCCCCCAACGCCACAGCGACGGCAGCGGCGUGGGCCAACCUCAGCGUGCCGGAGAGGCCCCUGUUCCACCUGUUCGCCCUACUGGACGAGGAGCUCCACGCCACCUUCCCCGCGCUGUGGCUGGCGCUGAUGGCGGUGCACGGCGUCAUCUUCCUGGCGGGGCUGGUGCUCAACGGGCUGGCGCUGUACGUCUUCUGCUGCCGCACGCGGGCCAAGACGGCGUCCGUCACCUACACCAUCAACCUGGCGGUGACCGACCUGCUGGUGGGCCUGUCCCUGCCUGUGCGCUUCGCCGUGGUCCACGGCACACGCGGCUGCCUGCGCUGCGCCUUCCCCCACGUCUUCGGCUACUUCCUCAACAUGCACUGCUCCAUCCUCUUCCUCACCUGCAUCUGCGUGGACCGCUACCUGGCCAUCGUGCAGCCCGAGGGCUCGCGCCGCUGGCGCCAGCCCCCCUGUGCCCGGUUCACGCCCUUCCACGCCCGCCAGGUGGCCGUGGCGCUGUGGCCCGACGUGCCCGACCACGCCAGCCUCGUGGUGUACCACGUGGCCGUGACCCUCAGCAGCCUCAACAGCUGCAUGGACCCCAUCGUCUACUGCUUCAUCACCAGCGGCUUCCAGGCCGCCGUCCGCGGCCUCUUCCGCCGGCACCGAACCGAGUAUGAGCCCGGCGUGGGCGACAUGGUCAGCAUGCGCAAGAGCGCCCGGGGCUCCGGCCGCCACCGCGGCGGCGGCCCCAGCCCCCACGCCAUCACGCAGGCCCUGGCGAAUGGGCCCGAGGCGUAG